AUGAUGAUAUUUUAUAUUUUCAAAAAUGCUAUAAUUUUAUAUUAUAUAAUUUGGUCAUUUCAUAAAAUUGACAUAAAUUGUGCUGUUAAAUAUAUCGAUACAAUGGAUAAAUUAGACGAUAAUACUUUAUUAGCCUUUUUUUUAUUAGUGCAGCUAGAAAUUCCCUAUUUUUUAGAAAAAUUUUCACAAAAACUAAAGUAUGAAAAAGUAAUUGAUGCUACCAUAUAUGUUUUUAAUGAAGAAAUUUCCAAAACUGAAUUUAAAAAUGAAGAAAAAGAAUAUUUCAUCCAAGAUAUAAAAUAUAUUGUCAUAGGGCUUAAGAACAUUUUGACAGAUAUUAAAAAAGAAAAUAAAAAAUAUUUUACCUGGUUAAAUUUAAUUUAUGAUGAAUGCUGGUACAAGGAAAAAAAUUGUGAACAUUUAACUUCAAAUAAUUGUACAUUAUCUGUUUUAGCUAUGAUUCCGAAAAGAUCAUUAAAAAUAACAUGUAUUGAUUGUGCUAUAUAUGCAAUGAAUUACGCAUCGCAUUCAAAAUAUUUAUUUAAAAUGUUUUCUCAAAUAGAACAUUGUUAUGAUAACAAUAAUUCACAUUUAAUUAAAUUAAGUAAAGAUAUUGGUUUAGUAAGGGAAAAUAGAAUUUACCUAAGUAGUUUAGAGAAAAUAUCUGUCUUAAAAAAUGUAAGAAGUGAAAUAAUUGUUUUAAAUAUAAAAAAUGCUGUAGGUUUAAUAAAUUUAUUAAAAACAGGAGGUCAUGGAAAAUUUAUACGUGUCAUUAAUCAAUCUCUUUUUGAUGUAAUAAAAAAAAGUGUAAAAGACUACUUAAAAAAUUUAAACUAUAACAAUGCUUAUAAAAGUGAUGAGAAUAUAAUGAAUUUGGAAAUGGAAAAAUCUCUUACUUUAACUGUAAAUGGCUAUUUGUUUUCUGAUAAAAAUAGUAAAGAAGUCUUGCGUUUCUAUGAUUUUGGAUUAUUUUUGUCAGGAAUUCAUUUAAAAAAAUGCACUUCCUUAUUAACAAAUAGUAAUUUAAUAAUUCAAAUUGAAAUAGGGAAUAUUAAAAAUAAUACUCCUCUUGAAAAUGGUAAAAUUUUAAACUUAAUAGAAUAUGAAUUAUUCUUAAAUUCUUUCCUACAUUUUGGAUCAAAUUAUUAUUCUAAAGUAGUCAUGCUAUUAAAAAAAGUCAUUUAUAUGAAAGGGAAUAGCUGGAAUGAUAUAUUUACAUACGAUGAAUUUAAUCGAAAUAAUUCUGUUAUUGAUGAUUCGGUAACUAAUACUAAUGAUGAACCUUCUAAUAUGUUCAAUAAUUUAAAAUACAACUCUUUAGAAGAUCAUAUUGAAGAAAGAAAAAAAAUAGAAGAAUUUAAAAAAAAUCAAAUAGAAUUAAUGGAAGAUCAAACAGUUAUUUUUAUUAUAAUGGUAAAUAUAUUACCAGAAAAUAAAUAUGCUUUAUUAAAAAAAAAAAUAAUUGAUCUUUUAAAAAAUCCUGUAAACUCUAGAUCAUUAGAAGGGUUUCAAUUUGAUGAUAUUAAAUUAAUUAGUGAAAAAUUAAUUGAAGUAUUAGGAGAAUCAUUUAAUGGUUCUCAAAAUAAUACAAGAAGACGAACACAUUAUUUCGGUUCUAGAAUAAACAAAAGGGAAGUGGAAUCAGUAGAAAAAUUAAUACAACCAGGAAAAAAAUUAAUUCAGAUAGCAUUUCAUAAUUUUACUUCUAUACCAUUAGAAAAUAGAACAAAAAUUUAUUCAGCUAAAAAAAUGUUUUCUUUAUUUGAGCAUAGAAUUCAUUAUUACAAUGAAUGGAAUACUCAAAUUUUAUUUAGUAAAAAAAUAUAUCCUGAAGAUAUACUCAUAACUAAAAAUUACGUAUAUUCUCAAGAAAAAUCAAAUAAGAAUCAUUGGUUCAUUGUAUCAUUCACAGUUAUUCCUUUUUUAAUAAUUAUAUUGUUAUUUGUUGUCUACAAGUAUACGUUCCCUGAAAGACUACAAUUUCAUUUUUUUUCUAGGAAAAAAACAAAAAAACAUAAAUAUAGUUGUCCUACUUGUUAUAAAAGUUGUAGAGGUUUUUCUAGAUUGAAAAAAAAAUCCCAUAAAUUGAAUAAAAGAUUAAUGAAUAAAGACUCAUAUAAUUUAUUGAAAAAUAAAAAAGAGUUAAGAUAUAUGUCUAGAGCAAAAAGUAGUACUAAAUCUCGUCAAUCAAAAAAAAAGAAAACAGAGAAAGAUAUAUUUUUUGAAGAUAUUGAAACAAAUAAUGUAUUUUAA